AUGUCUAUCUCCAACGGACGCGCUCUCCCUCCUCUUGACGGUAGCAUCACUGUCCUCCCUGGCUUUCUUGAUUUUCAUGCCGAGCAAAACCCUAACCUUCCCUUCUUCUUCUACCCCUCCGCUGAUCCUACCGCUGUCAAACCUGCUUCCGUCUCCUACUUAGAAUUUGCGCAUGCAACCCAUCGCAUCGCCCAUGCGUUUCGUCCUGGUCGUGCGGGACCGGAUCGCGCAGUCGUUGCGGUGGUGGUCACUUGCGACACUUUGCUCUACCAUGCACUCGUGGUAGGCAUCAUGCGCGCAGGGCUUGUGCCUUUCCCGAUGUCCCCUCGUAACUCUGCGCCCGCUAUCGCCAAUAUGCUCGAGAGGACAUGUUGUCAUCGUGUGGUAUCGCAACCAUCUCUUUCCCCGCUCAGUGAAGCUGUUCGCGCGUCUGUUUCUGAAGGAUACGAGCUGCAGGUCGAUGCCCUUCCUACCCUUUCUGACAUCUUUCCUGCUUUUGGGAGUACCGCUGGAGCAGCUGUUCCCAGUUCAUAUCCUGCACCGGCACAACCGCCCGCUCGUUCUGACAUAGUCCUAUAUCUGCACUCAUCGGGAUCCACAGGAUUCCCGAAGCCUAUUCCGCAGACAGACAUCACUCUCCUGCAUUGGGUCAACCUUCCUGCUGUUUCCGUGGCUCGAGUUCGCAGCCUCCGAUGGGGAGGCAUGGCGCUCCCUCCGUUUCAUACCAUGGGUCUCACGCACCAGGUACUAUGCCCUCUUGCCUCUGGCGAGCCCACUUGCAUUUUUGCGCCUCGUGCACCCGCACCGGCUGUGGUGCCUACUCCGGAAAAUACUAUUGAGGCGGUGCGCCAGACACAGGCAACUGCCAUCGUCAGUGUACCCACGUUCGUUGAGAAUCCUUCUUGGCAGGCCUGGUCACAGCACGAUGAAGAUGUUAAGUUCCUGGCAUCGCUGCGUGCCGUGAUGUCCGCCGGAGGCCCUAUUUCGAUGGCGAAUGGGCGAAAACUUAUCGCUGCGGGUGUACCGUUUUUCUCUGUCUACGGAGCCACAGAGUUCGGUACUUUGACGUGUCUAUUAGAUACGGAUGUAGAUGAGCCUGCAUCCAGGUCGCAGAAGACGCGCGACGACUGGGGGUGGAUGCAAUUUCCCCCACAGUGCAACCCUCGGUGGGCUCCGCAAGAAGAUGGCACUUACGAGCUACAACUACUGACCUGUCCCACUCACCAGCCCAGCGUGGAAAAUCUCCCAAACGGCGAACAUGGAUAUGCGACCUCGGAUCUCUGGCUGCCACAUCCGAGCAAGCCUGGACUCUGGCGUGUGGUUGGUCGUACGGACGACGUGAUCGUCCUCGGAUCGGGAGAGAAGAUCGUUCCGAUUCCUCAGGAGGGGCACAUUGGGGCCCAUCGUAUGAUUUCAGGAGUACUUAUGUUCGGUCGUGGUCAUCUGCAGCCUGGCGUCUUGGUCGAGCCAAAGCCCCAGUAUGCGGUUGAACCUGGCAACGAGCGUUCUAUCGCGGAGUUCAGAAACGCUAUUUGGUUGCAGAUCGAGGAGGCCAAUAGUCGGGCUCCUGGCUUCGGCCGCAUUUACAAGGAGAUGAUCCUAGUGGCGGACCCCGCAAGACCAGUCAUUCGGGCGGCGAAGGGAACCAUCCAACGUAAAAUGACUCUGAAGCUAUAUGCCGCAGAUAUUAAAGAAUUAUAUGCAACCGUCGAGGAUAGCAAGGACUCACAUGGGAUCGCCCCGCCCCGUUCUUGGGCUGCAAGCGAUAUACAAGCAUGGCUCACAGAACACGCCGCCUCCAUCAGCGGCAGGAAAGCGCCUGCGCCAACUGAUGAUCUGUUUGAACGGGGCUUCGACAGUCUCGGCGCAACAUUUCUGCGUAAUCGCAUCAUCGGUGCUCUGCGCAGUUCGUCAGAUGCCAGUGCCAAUGCAGCCGCUCAGGAAGUGCUGCCCAACUUCGUUUUCACUCAUCCGACUCUCGCCUCGCUCUCUACUGCUGUUGCUCAGCUUAUUGACCCCAGCACAAAAUCUGCGUCUCAAUCUCCAGUUCACGAGAUCAAUGCCAUGAUCAGCAAGUAUACUGCAUUACUCCCGCAGGCGUCGCGCGCAAUCGGCGAUGAGCCAGUUGAGGGCGCAGUGGUGCUCGUCACUGGUACCACGGGAAAUCUCGGUGCCCACAUCCUAGCUGAACUAAUCGUCAAUCCGCAUAUUGCACGCGUGUAUGCGCAUAAUCGCGGUAUAAACAUCGCGGACCGCCAGCGCGCAGCGUUCGAGGGAUCACAGUUACCGGCGAUGCUUCUCGCCGAUCCGAAGCUUGUGCUGCUCAGUGGGGAUCUCAUGCGUGAAGACCUCGGACUGGACCCUGCCGUUUUGGACAAGCUGCAAAAGUCUGUGACUCACAUCGUCCACAACGCAUGGAGAGUUGACUUCAACCUUGUACUCGCCUCCUUCGAGCCCCACGUUAGUGCCGCCGUUCGGCUCGCGGGCCUUGCACCUGGCGCUCGUUUCCUCUUCACGUCGUCCGUGUCCAUUGCCCAAGCAUGGCGCCCUUCGGGAGGCCGUGGGCCCGUCCCAGAGUCAUCACUGAAGGACCCAUCGCUUGCGUUGGGCCACGGUUACGGAAUGUCGAAAUUCGUGGUGGAAGAGGUACUCUCCAAUGCGAGUAAGACAGGCAUGAACGCGGUAACUUUGCGAAUUGGUCAGAUCAGCGGGUCGGCGGAGAGUGGUGCUUGGAACACGUCCGAUUGGGUCCCGAGCCUCAUCAAGUCCAGCAUCGGGUUAGGAUGCUUGCCUACGUUGGAAGGCGUGGUGUCGUGGGUCCCAAUGGAUGCCGUCGCUCGUGCGACGGUCGAUGCCAUCCUCCACCCGCAACCCCCCGAGUGCAUCAAUGUUGUGCAUCCUCGUCCUGUUCUAUGGCCCCAGAUCCUGAGCGCAGUUAACAAUGAGCUAGGCCUGAAUUUACCCGUCGUACCGCUGGAGGAUUGGGUCAGCAAGCUGGAGAGCACGGCCGAGGAUGCCUCCGCGAAAGACCUAGAUAAUAUCCCUGCGAUCAAACUUCUGGAGUAUUUCCAGAGCUUAACGGCGUUCGAGAACCACGCGAAAGACGCGAAGGAAGGCGAGAUUGAGGUGGGUGGGCUGCCUGUGUUCGAGACAGCCAAGGCACAGAGCAUCAGUCCCGCGUUGGACUCUCUGCAACCUCUCGGAGAGGAAGACGCUAAGGCAUGGAUCAGGUAUUGGAGGAGCAAGAAAUUCAUCGCAUAG